UUCCCAAGGCUGGUGUAGAAGUUCCCUCUCCUUCUCAAGAAAAUGAGGGCGGAUGGUGAAAAUGUGAUGCUAAGAAAUGUUCUGGUUAGCCUCAACGUACUGCUGUUGGCGUCCAUCUUCAGGCCCUUUGAAUGCCACCUGGAAGUGACGACAGAGAGAGUUAAAAAACAGGUGACUGAUGAAGAAGGCAGCUUUGCCAACUCCACAUCCCCUAUGAAAGAGCAACCCAUGGUCUUCAGCCAUAUAUACAACAUUAAUGUGCCUCUGGACAGCCUCUGCUCCUCAUCUCUAGAGGCUUCAUCUGACCCAGAGGUGAGUUCGGAAGAUGACCGGAUGACGGAAUACACCGAGCAGACCUCAGACAGUGAGAGCCAGGUCACCUUCACCCACAAGAUAAACCUCCCCAAACAGACUUGCAAGUGUGCCGCCUCCUCCCGGGACAUACAGGAGCUGCUGAGCAGGAUUGAGAUGCUGGAAAGGGAGGUGUCUAUACUCCGAGACCAAUGCAACUCCAAUUGCUGUCAAGAAAAUGCAGCCACAGGUAGUAACUAAUGCCAUGAGGUCCUCCUAGCAGCUAAGAAAUGUCAAAGGUGAAAGGAUGAACUUGGAGUCAUUUGCUUGAAGCUUUGAACACACCAAAUACUCCAUGCUGCUUCCAAAUUUCAGAGUUUCACGUUUGGCAGUCUUGAUAUUCUUUUUAGCUUUACUCUUUAUUAGUAGGAUUAGGUUCAUGUUUAAUUUUUACUAUGUCCAACUCUGUU